ACGGUAAACCCCUCCGCCACACGGAAGAAAAGGUUGCAGCUAGCUUCACACAGGGAUGUCAAAUGUUGCUGUACGUCGCUUAUUUUUGCAUUUUUUAUCAAAUUUAAAACGCGGAAGGACCGUCUAAUCAUACAUCUGCCUCACACGUCACGUUGCAUGCAUCAAUAUGGCGACCUGCAUUCCCUUUCAAACCCAGUUGUCCUCAAUAAUGGAGGUUUUGGUUAAAGCAGCAGUGUCAGAGAUAUCCAAACUAGUCGAUGACAAAUGUGCGUUUUUGCACCUUGAAAUAUCCCGCAAGCAAAGCGAGAAUGACAUGCUGAAGAGGAAACUGUUAAUGAUGGAGAACAAAAGUGCCCAGUUGCAGCGAGGGUUUGAGAACUACAUGGACCGAGGAAGUGAUGUGGGGGGAAGCUGUCCGCACCCUGCAGGAGAUAUGAAGUUUCCUGAGAUUACAGAUGCCACGGUUUCAUUCACAAUUAAGGAAGAGAGUCCAGAUGAGACGCUGUGGAUCACUGACUCUGCUGGACCUAUGGGUUCUGCUGUUUCAUUCCCUAAUCCAGCCGCUGCUCCAGAGAGCCAGCAGCUAGAAAACGGCCGUCGGUUAAACCCUUCAGAGGUCUCCAGGCGAAAAACAUCCGACUUUGGUGAGUUGUAUAACGCUGGGCAGCUUGCAGGAGACAUCGGUGACCUUCAGUUUAACGUCAAGACGGAGAAGGAGGAGAACCAAUCGGGAUACAGUCGCGACGGAUGCCAGCACAUCGUGGGGAAGCAGAGUCAACUCGCAGCAGAUUUCUCCAUGGACGAACGAGAGAAUCAGCUCUGGUCGUCCAUAAUCGAAGGCGAGGACAUUGACGCAGGUUUUCCUGACUUUUCCAGCGUGGUGGAGGAGUAUUCUCAAACAUUCCCGGACCAUUCUGAUGCUCACCUGGGUUCAAAUAAGUCGGCCGGUGUUCAGCAGCUGUCUGCUCAGAGGCCGUGUAAUGGGAUGUUCAACAGCGAGUAUCAGAAGGACGCUCCGCAGUCGUCCAGUUUUCAGUCCAGACCUCAGGGCGCUCAGCCGCAGAAGGAUCAGAUUUACCCGCAGAGAAACCCGUCGCAUGCUGCACAUCUGAGACAGCCAGAUCAACACUCGGAGAGGGAGGCCUCGGCUGGAGAGAGACAUGUUGUAACUCCAGCGCCAAACACUUUCACAUCGGGCAACUUCCACGCCUCCCACAGACCCCCCUCAGGCAUGGCGCGGGGCUACGUCUGCUCGCAGUGCGGGAAGGCGUUCAGCCGCCUGCACCAGUUCAAGCUACACCAGCAGAGCCACAAGAGGAAGCGCGCAUUCUGGUGCACGGUGUGCGGCAAGAACUUCCAGUGCUCCUCCCACCUCAGCAUUCACUACCGCACGCACACGGGCGAGAAGCCGUUCGGCUGCGGACAGUGCGGGAAGAGGUUCACGCAGCAGAGCAGCCUGAGGGUCCACCAGCGCACACACAGCGGCGAGCGGCCCUACAGCUGCUCGCUGUGCGGGAAAUCCUUCAUCAUGAUGCACCAUUUGAAGCGGCACAGAAUCAUCCACACAUACAGCUGAGGGGGAGGCGCACAGAGAGGCAUACUGCUCAGGUGACACUGAAAACCAAACGAAAGAGACAUUCAGUUGCAGCUUUUCUCUUUUUGGAUUUAUACCUAUGAGGUAUUUCUCACAGACUUUGUAAAUUAUGGCAUAUUUGACUAUGCAAGAUUCCUAGUGGAUGGAUUUGACGCUUUUUUAAAUUACUUGUCUUGUUGUUUUUAUUUAAACUCAAAACUGAACUGAACCCAAAAACAGAAUUCACAAAUAUCAGUAUUUUCAAGACACUUCCUAAGCUAGAAAUCCCAAAAAAAAACAAAGUCUACAAAGUGGAGUCAUAAAAGGAAAAAACAUUCCCACGGAUCCCCUCUUUGUCUUACCUGCAUAUAUACUGACAUUCACUCAUUGAUGCAGUUUGUUUUAGCUUCUCCUGUAGAACCCGGCCUUACUUAUCCCAGCACUGAAGCUGCAGAAGCACAAGAUGCUCUUUAACCCCUUAUGGAUUCUUCACUUGUCAUUCCUAGCCAGCGAAGCACCUCUCAGGACUACAUUUGGUGUUAACAUGAAGAAGAAGAAAAGAAAAAAUAAACAACCUGCCUGCCUUUUGUUCCAAGAUGAAUUUUUUCCAUUAAAUGUUUUCCCAAAAGUCCUUCACCCUUAGGUAUGAUUUAUAAUAAAUGUUUGUUUAAAUUUGA